AUGAAGGCAGCACUGAUGUGGACGAUAAAUGAUUUUCCUGCUUAUGGAAUGUUGUCUGGAUGGAUGACUCAAGGGAAAUUAGCAUGUCCAAUUUGUAUGGAGGAUACAAAGGCAUUUACUUUAAAACAUGGAGGAAAAAAUUCAUGGUUUGAUUGCCAUAGGAGAUUUUUAGAUAUGGAACAUCCUUAUAGGCGUCAAGCGUACAAAUUUAAGAAAGCAACUGUUGAGAAUGAGGACCCUCCCGCCCGUUUAAAUGGUCAUCAAGUAUGGGAUAGAGUUAAACACUUGCCAAAAAUAACAGAAGUAGGAAAAUUCAUUAGGUUUCCAGGUUAUGGGAUAACACAUAAUUGGACCAAACAAAGUAUAUUCUGGGAGCUCCCAUAUUGGAAGGAUAACUUAGUUCGUCAUUGUUUAGAUGUGAUGCAUGUGGAAAAAAAUGUAUUUGACAAUAUCAUGAAUACUGUAAUGGACACUGAUCGAACUAAAGAUAAUGUCAAGGCAAGGCAAGAUUUAGAAGAAUAUUGCUCGCGUCAUGAAUUGAGGUUACAACAACUUCCAGAUGGUCGAUGGUCAAAGCCAAAGGCAAGUUACACUCUGACUUUACUACAAAGACAAGAUGUGUGUAAGUGGGUGAAGGAGUUAAAAAUGCCUGACAGUUACGCAUCAAACCUCGGUCGUUGUGUGAAUGUUGAACAAGGAAGAUUUUUUGGGAUGAAAAGUCAUGAUUGCCACAUAUUCAUGGAGUGUCUUCUACCUGCUACAUUUAGGGAACUACCAGACCAUGUUUGGAAGCCAUUGACUGAGUUAAGUGAGUACUUUAGGGACCUGUGUUCACCUACUCUAAGGGUUGAAGAUCUAUUAGUUAUGGAGAAAAAUAUUCCUGUCAUUUUGUGCAAAUUAGAGAGAAUACUUCCCCCUGGUUUCUUUGACUCCAUGGAGCACUUGCCUAUACACUUAGCGUAUGAAGCACGUGUAUGUGGACCAGUACAAUACAGGUGGAUGUAUCCGUUUGAACGAGAAAUUGGAGGGUUCAAAAGGACUGUGAAAAAUAGAGCGCAAGUGGAAGGAUCCAUAUGCCAGGCAUAUAUAUCAAAGGAGACAUCAAAUUUUUGCACAUACUAUUUUGAACCUCAUGUUCAAUAUAGGAGAACUCGGGUUGGUCGAAAUGAUGAUGGGGGAGAAAGUAGUAAUGAGCCAAGUCUAUCUAUAUUCAACCAACCAAGUCGUGUGCGUGAUCCUAGUAAUGGUAUCACAGAUCCUGACCUAUAUAACUUGUCCAGAGGUCCAAAAAACAAAGAAUAUUGUUGGCUAAUUUACUUUGUUAAUGGGUAUAAAUUCCAAACUAUUGAAUCAUGUCAAGGGAGAAAAACAGAUAAUAGUGGAGUUAGUGUAAGAGGAAAUUCAAGUGAUGGUGACUGUGAUUGGUAUGGAAAACUUCAUGAAAUUGUUGAGCUUGAAUAUGCUGGUGAAACCAUCAAAAGGAUUGUCUUAUUCAAGUGUGAAUGGUUUGAUCCAACACGCCCAACAGUAAUAGACAAUGUUGUCCCUCCAAUUUUAUCUUCUCCUUUGAAUGAAAUUGAAAUAAUUGACCCUCCUACCCAAGUUAUGAGAAAUAAUGAAAUGGAUGACAUCAUAGAAGAUGAGGAUGAAGGAAUUAUGGAUAAACUUUCAUCGAAUGAUGAUGAAGGUGGUCUUGAACUAUCAGAGUAA